CGGAUGGGUACAGGACCUUGAAAUGCACCGUGUAGAACGAAAGACCAUCGUACAAACAAAGUUUCCCAGCAUGCCUCAGCUUUGGAGCUGUAUGAGGGAGAGUCGCUUGUCCUGCCCUGUGAAUUUCCCACUUUUGAACUGGACAGCCCCACAGUGGUGUGGAGUCGCUCCGACCUCAGUCCUUCAACCGUCCACCAGCGUCAGCUUCAAGGAGACGAACUGAAAGAUCAAAACCAGCGUUACAGCGGCCGAACAUCCAUGAAGACUGACGCUCUGGAAACUGGAGACCUCAGCCUGAACCUGACUGACCUCCAACUGUCUGACAGCGCCACCUACACCUGCUCCGUCAAAGACAAGAUGAUAGGACAAAGGAGAGUGACAGAUGUACAGCUGGAGGUCAAAGAAUGGUUUCCAUCCUGGGCCAAAGCUCUGCUGGUUCUCCUGGUUCUUCUUGUGGUUUCUGGAGGUCUUUUAUGUCAUUACCGACAGUAUUUCAUGUCAGUUUACAAGGUGGAGGUGGAUUCAGGGGUGGAGUCUGUCCAGCUUAUCUGCAAAACCACAGUUUGCCUGCCUAAAGAUGCUAAAGUGGAGUGGAAGGACAAAAACAACAGGAAGGUCCACGUGUAUGAGAACGGCUCUGACCAGCCUGAAGAACAGAACCAGGAUUAUAAAGGCCUAACAAAGAUGAAGAGAAAUUUACCUGGAGACCUCAGUCUGACCCUGAAAAACCCCACAGAAGAAGACACCUACACCUGCACCGCAAGGCCUCCACCUUUACCAGAAGACCUGGGAGAGUUGAAAAACAACAGCCUGGCGGAAGAAGCUCAGAAAAAGCCACAGUCUCACCAGCAUGAAGCCAGAGGAGCCGAUGACCCAACACCCGGAGCAGGAGCAACCAGCGACGUACUAGGAGAAUCACGCAGGAGAGGAGCAGGCAUCAGGCACGGGCCAGAGGUGGAAGAGAGUCGCUCACCUGGGCAGAACGCCACCGCCGUAAAGUUGACCCAGACAGUAAAGCUAGUUCCCGGCUACGAGCCUGACAUGGAACCCAAAGUAGUGGUAGAGGUUUCCUUACCACGGUUCAGAGCUGCAGACCUGCCCAAGCGGCCCUUCAAUGAGAUGACGGUGCCAGAAGUCGCCCGCGGCUCAUAUGAGUUUGAGAUCCCUGGUCUAGAGGCACUAUAG